AUUGGUCGUAUUUUAUAUAUACUGAUCGAAUAAUAUUAUGGGACAAGGUACAGUCUUGCAGUUUACUAAUAUAAGUUUAGCUGUUAUUUACAGAGAAUAUGAAUCCAAGUCAAGUAGCGUAUCUUAUUAAAGUUGUCUUUUCAAAGCACUUUAUAUUUUCUAAAGGUUUAUAAUAUUCUUGUAUCAUUUGUACCUACUUCGAAACAUUCUCUAAUUAUUUGAGAAUCUGGAUUAACUUUUUAAAAAGAAACAAAAGCUCCCGUAUUUCAAAACAAGAAGCCGUACCGUUUUGAUAUAUGAAAGGACACAUCAAUAUUUAUAUGAUGUAUUUUAAUACACACCAACAGGUGGCUAUCUAAAUAUUAUAAUGACCUACGAGUUAUCUCAGAUUCUCUUAGACAAACUAAUCUCUUUGUUUUCUUAUGACUGUACAUUGAACUCUAAAAUAACUGGGAAAGUUUUAAACAUCUUUUUCAUUUUUAUACACAGAAAACGAAUUGUAGAAUUUAUUGAAAAGAAUUAGAGAAAUAUCUUUUGUCCGAAACUUUUUUAAUAUUGGUUUAAAAAAAAUUGUAUUAACUGCGGCCAAGCAAACCAUUCAAAUUACCGCUAAUUUAGACUUAUAUUGAUAAUCCAAAUUAUCUUGAAUGGUUAGUUAAAAUUCACCUCAAUAAAUGUUGUUAUCGUCAACGGUCCCCAUAAAAGGGUGUUAAUGAUCGACAUAAUAUAUUUCCUCUACCAGAUAUUUAACAUUUAACUUGUUUUUUCUGUACAAACUAGCGAACCACUCCAUAACAUCUACAAUAAGUCGACUAAGGAUUGGAUAUGCUAGUCCAUGAUAGUACUGCAGGUCAUUUGUUUAAAAUCUCAAUAAGAGAUCACUAGUUAUGUAAAUGUGGAUUGGACGACGGUUCUAAUACCUUAUAUUCUUAUCUUGCGUCUUAUAGGAUGUUCUACCCCUACCAAUAAAUUUUUUAUUAUUUUUUUAGUUUGUAAAAUGUGUUAUUUGUGUGUAAAAUAAUAAAAUUUAAUAUUUAAACUUUAGUUUUCAUUAUCAAUUUACUACAUGUUGUAACAAACUUUUUCGACUAGUAUAUGUGUAUUUUUGUGUAGUUUUUUAGAUGUUGGUAAAAAUGUAAUUGGAAUCUACAAGGAAAGUCCACAAUUCUUAUGUAUAUGAAAUCGAAGCAUGAAUAAAAAAGUUAUAAGCUUAUUAAAUAAUCCUUAAUCCUUAUAACAUAAACAUAUUUAAAUAAUAAAAUGGGUGUCCUUCGAAAAGCAAUUAAUUGGUACGCCAAAUUAGCUCCUGCCAGAGGUCCAUCGAAACCACCAUACAAGCAUGUGGUACAAAUAGGAGAUCCUAUAUUGCGUAAAAUAGCGGAACCGGUGCCAGUGGAUAAAAUAAAAAGUGAUGAGGUUCGAAUGGUCGUGCAAGCUCUCAAGUAUGUAUUAUAUAAAUAUGGAAGUGUGGGAAUGGCGGCCCCACAGAUAGGAGUCAAUAUGAGGGUAAUUGUUUUGAGACAUACAGAGAAACAAAUAGCUUCACUAUCUUCUGAAUUGAUUAAACAGCGCCAAAUCAGUGCUGUUCCGCUCACUGUAUUCAUCAACCCCAUACUCAAAGUGGUUGAUUACCAAAAAGUUAUUCAUCCCGAGGCUUGUGAAAGUGUCAGAGCGUUUUCAGCAGAUGUUGCUAGAUAUAAAGAAGUGCAGGUGUCGGGUUAUGAUGAAGAAGGCGAGGCAAUAUCUAAAGUAUUUAAAGGUUGGGGAGCAAGGAUAGCUCAGCAUGAAAUGGAUCAUUUAGACGGCAAGCUGUACACUGACAUAAUGGAUAGGAAGACACUGCUGUGUUCAUGCUGGGAAGAAGUUAACUUAUCAAAAGGAAAAGUUGCAAUUCCUUUUAGUCCUGAGUGAAUUAAUAACAUGUUAUAAUGUUCACUGUAGUAAUAUAUAAUUUAUCCCAACUAAA